GCAAAUUCAGACCUUAGACAUACUGCUUGGCCCCUGAGUGCCCCGAAAGCCCGGAGACAGCUGAGAUCGGAGGGGCCUGGUAAUGGAGACCCCAGAGUAGCCAGUGGGGCCGCCAAGAACCCGGAGGCAGUGACCGGCGGGGUAUUCUGGAACAUUCCGGGGUAUUCCCAGCUCGGUAUUCUCUAGCAGCCCCGGGACAGACUCCUCUCCGAGAUGAGCGCUGUGGGCGUGGAAGCCGGAGCCGAGGCUGAGCCGGCCCCUGCUCAGGAUGAUGGCAUGACCUGGUGGUACCGCUGGCUGUGCCGGGGGGCCGCUGUCCUCGGGGGUGUUUCAUGCGCGGCUGCUGGUCUGUGGAACUGCGUCACCAUCAACCCCCUGAACAUAGCCGCCGGCGUGUGGAUGAUGUUAAACGCCUUGCUGCUGUUUCUCUGCGAGGCUCCCUUUUGCUGCCAGUUCAUCGAAUUCGCCAACAAGGUGGGAAAUAAAGCGGAUAAGAUGAAGCCCUGGCACAAAGCCGCCUUGUACUGCACGAUGGCCAUGUUCCCCAUCUUUAUCAGCUUCACGCUGACCACUCUCUUCGGCAACGCUAUCGCCUUCGCGACCGGAGUGCUGUACGGCCUGUCCGCCCUGGGCAAAAAGGGCGACGCCAUCUCCUAUGCCAAGCUCCAGCAGAUGAAAAAACCAGAUGAAGAAAAACCAGAAGCAAUUUAACGGACGUCUCCGCGUUCCGACCGCGAAACAUCUCCGGGGGACGCGCGUUUCAGGAUCAUCAGAUUGUGUCGUUCGGAUCCUCCUCGUCUCAACUUGAUUUUUUUACUCUGAAGAUUCUCAAAGACCGCA